AUGGCUGCUUCAUCGAAUAAAGUGGUUGACAUCCCCCCAAUAAUUGUUUUGGAUGUCUCAUCAGUAUUCAACUUUAAAGGAUUCCGUAGCUCCUGCACCUCGAGGAUUAUCGACUAUGAGGUUGCCCGUCUGGAUGAGGGCACAGUUAAGGGGACCUGCUUUACCAAGGAAGAUCACUCCCUCAUCCUCUCAAACUUGUAUGGAUCAGGAUCUCGGGCCCACUCAAUUAUGCGACAAUUAAAUGAUUAUCGUCGCUUUAUUAUUCGUGGCCUUCAUCACUCGAUUCCUAUCUCAAGUAUUCGUGCGGAAUUUGAGUACUUAAACUUCACGUUAUGCCAUAUCCGAAACCUGAAGUUUUAUCGUAACCAUGAGCCAAUGAACCUGUUUGAGAUUGCUGUAGCACCGUUCGACCUGGAACGUAAUGACGAAUUCCUUGCUAUCAAGAAGCUCUGCAACAGGCCUGUUACCAUCGAGCGUCAAAGACAAUCGGAUGAGCCUACAAUGUGUCAACGGUGCCAGCGUUAUGGGCACACUAAAAACUACUGCCGUCGCGAUCCCGUCUGUGUAAUUUGUGCUGGUCCACAUCACAAGGCCGAUUGCGCUCUUCCAUGGACUUCUCCACCUAAGUGCGCCAACUGUGGUGGCAAACAUGUUGCCACCUAUAAAGGCUGUAUUAAGUUCAUGGAAGCAAAGGAAAGUCUUUCUCAAGGGCCAACCAACUCCUCGGCUCAGCGUCAUCUUUCCACCUCGCCAUCUCAGCAGUGCAAAUCUCCUCCAACGACUUCCCACCGUGCGCUCAAUCUACUUAAACCGCUUCCUUCACCUACUAAGCGUGAUCCGCAUCACUCCAAGCCACCUCGCCGAGCUCCCUCGCCAGCUCGGGAUGACUUGAGCGAUUCCAGCUGCGAUUCUUGCACAACUAAUCGACCAUCUCGGCUACACACAACAUCAUCUCGUCGUGUGCUCUCUCCGUCUCCAGCCUGA